AUGCGAUAUCGACAAUACCGGCGUCUUUGUCAGCUUUCCCUUCCUGUGAUAUUAAUCUUGCUGCUGAUCUAUUACUGGACCAGAGACAAGACGGAGGACGAAACCAAUUCGCCAGUCACAAGCCUCCAGGCCGAAGGCGAACAUUUCACGCUAAAUGGCAAGCCUUUUCGCAUCCUGAGCGGCGCCAUACACUAUUUUCGCGUCGUGCCGACUUAUUGGCGCGAUCGCUUGCUCAAACUCAAAGCGAUGGGCCUCAACACGGUGGAAACCUACGUUGCUUGGAAUGUCCACGAGCCACGUCCGGGUACUUUUGAAUUUUCUGGUCGGUAUGACGUCACAUCGUUUAUCAAUCUGGCGCAUACUUUGGGACUGUAUGUUAUUUUACGACCUGGGCCGUACAUCUGUGCAGAGUGGGAGUUUGGUGGGCUUCCGGCUUGGUUGCUAGCAGAUUCGAAUAUGGAGAUUCGGUCGACAUAUGCUCCAUUCAUGAAGUCGGUCGAGCAAUAUUUUGAUCGGCUCAUUCCGUUGGUUGCACCACUACAAAUGAACAGGGGAGGUUCGAUCAUUGCAGUACAGAUCGAGAACGAGUACGGGAGUUUCGGAUCAGACACAAACUAUUUGUCGAGACUAACCGACAUGAUGACGUCACGAGGAAUCACCGAGUUGCUAUUUACGUCGGACAACGAGGGAGGGUUGCAUCGCGGGCAACUGCCGGGCGUUUUCAAGACGAUCAAUUUUCAGGAAAAUCCAGAGAAAAUGUUUGCGAGACUGAAGGAGUCGCAGGGACGUCGACGGCCGUUGUUUGUGACCGAGUACUGGUCGGGAUGGUUCGAUCACUGGGGAGAGCAACAUCACAUUGUAGGAGUCGCAGACGUCAUCGAGACGGUGGGCGAGAUUUUGAGAAUGGGCGCAUCCAUAAAUUUCUAUAUGUUCCACGGUGGAACGAAUUUCGGAUUUAUGAAUGGUGGUAAUUAUGAUAAUCAUAGAUAUCAACCGACCGUGACAAGUUACGAUUAUGAUGCACCGCUUUCUGAGGCUGGCGAUGUCACACCGAAGUACAUCGAAUUAAGACGGCUGAUGCUACAGUAUAGCAAGGAGCCGCUGAUUGAUAUUCCACCUAACGUUCCGAAGUCGUCGUACGGCAAAGUGAAACUCGGUCAAACAGUUUUGUUGUCCGAUGUGCUGUAUCAGUUACCGUCUGUAAGUGUGAGUGAUGUGGGUCCGAUGGAGAUGCUACCACACUGUCAACUGUAUGGUUAUGUUAUGUAUCACACUACAUUGACUGGCACAUUAGCUAACGUGGAGAUAACCGGAGCUAAGGAUUUUGGCUUAGUGAUGAUCGAUUCGAAACCGAUUCAACUAUUUGAAAGGCAAGAGAAGGAGGAGAAGCAGAUGAUAAAGGUAGGACAUCAGAGGACGUCAGGCAUUCUGGAUAUUCUGGUUGAAAACAGUGGCCGGAUCAAUUACGGAUCGAUGAUGAAGAAAGAGAGAAAAGGAAUUGAAGGAAGUGUGCUACUGGAUGGAAAACCGGCCGACGGAUGGACGGUCUAUUCGCUUGAAUUUCUACCAAAAUUUUUUCAUGAUGUAAAGGGAGCUCCGUGGAAAGCCGUAAAGAUAGAGAAAGAUAUGCCGCCGGCUUUCUAUAAGGGAACGUUCACGGUUAUAGGAAAACCGAGAGACACGUUUCUCAAAAUGUCUGGUUGGGUGAAGGGAGUCGUUGCUAUCAACGGUGCUGUUUUGGGAAGGUUUUGGAAUGUUGGACCUCAGCAAACGCUUUAUGUUCCAGCUUCUUGGCUUGUUGAAGGAGCCAAUGUAGUUAUGGUGUUUUGUAUAGGGCAGCCACAUCAUGAAGUUUCGGUGGAGCUAGUAGAUGUUCCGAUUUUAGGGUAAUUGGAGGGGUGACUAUGUGUACAGGCAGACUGUUUGUAUGGUACUGUAAAUGUUUUUGGGUUUAGUAUGUUGGUAUUUGAUAGAUUGAUGUUGUG